UUUUUUUUUUUUAGGAUGGGGUGGCGGUGGCUCCCCCUUGCCAACCCCCAGUUCCGCCACUGUGCACAUUAGGGUUCUUCACCAUGAAUAUGGACUGUUUCAAGAAGGACAUUGGUGAACUCAUAGCUCAAUUCACUCAGGAUGAGUCGAAAACUUUGGCUGAUAUGAAGAGAGUAUGGAUUUCUAAGAAAUUUUCCUACAUUUAUGAAGCUUGUCCUUCUACCAAGUUGGCCUUCAUUAUGCAAUCUCUGUAUGCUCAUUGUAUAGGUUAUAUGGUUAGCAAUGUUUCUUUAUCACAGAGAUUGGGUGGCCUGUAUUGCCUCUACUGUCUUUACGAGACUCAACCAUUCAAACCUCCUUUUAAGGUCUAUAUAUCCCUUGGAGAGUUAAAGAAUCUUAGUAUCCUUGUUAUUGAUGCAAAGGCAAAUGGUAUUGGAGUGGUGCCUACUUCAGUCAAAAGAAUGCUGGAAAGAAACACAUUCCUUUUUGGCGCUGUCGACUUAGCUGAAAGUUCUGUCACAGAAACAGUUGUUUGAUAGCACACCAAUUGAAAACUAUGUCCGCAUGAACCUUGGAAUGGAAGUAGACCUCAGUUUGCUGAAGAAAAUGUCAGCUGAAUAUGCCGAGGCAAAGAAUGUAGCUAUUAAAGAAGCAAGUAGUAUAUUGGACGUCCAAAACAUAAAGCACAUAGCAGAAGACAAGGAAUUGAUAGGAGUUCUUGUGGAGAUGAUUUCUGAUGAUUGGCGCGUCCAGAAACAAACAUUUUAUAAACAAACAGGAUUGGGAGAGACUGACGAAUAUGAACAGGAGCUGGAGCAAUUACUUCUACAGCAGUACUCAGAUGACGAUUAACAUAAUUAAUACUGAAGACAAACAUCUAAGUUCUAGGUUCUUGUGUAUGAAUUUCGUAAUAUUAAUUUAUAGCCUUGUGUAAAUUGCAUGUCAUUUCAAAGAAGGAUGUUUUCUUUUAGAAGAUUUAAAGUCCUUUGUAUUCUUAAAAAUAUCUCCCUUGAAUAAUUAACACAAUAUUUUUUUCUAAAAAA